AGAAAUAGAGUUGCAGCUGAUUCUGUGCCAAGACACACUUGUGCACCUGUAUGAAAGAGAAUACCACAUAGAGUAUUUAGACAGAGAAAGUACUCAUGUCUGGAGAUACUUUAGGCACAGAGACAAUCAAUCCUGUGCCUGCUUUCUGUCAUCCAAACACAGCCAAAGGUUAUAUUCAGCCUCCAGCACAAAGACUUCAAACGUCAUUAGGCGGAGUCAAACCUGCAGCUUAUAGCUACUGUCAACAUUCAAUCGUUGUUGCUUUGUAGGAGAAAAGUCACUAAAUAUACAAGUCCUCACACAUCAGGGUUUUCUUCUUAUCCUGGUGACAUAAGACAUUUGACAGUCAAAUCAGUUUCGUACGCUGAGAGUUGCAUUUUGUUAAUGGGAACCAAAAACUAAGACUGUUCUUUAAGCAUUAUUUUUUUAACAAGUUAUUUCUGUAGUUUAUUUUAACAUUUAUUCUGAAUUCUUAAUUGAGUGAGGAACAUAGAAGAGUCUGAAACUUUUGUGACAGGAAAGUGUGGAUCAUCAACAACAGAAACCAGUUCAAAUACAAUAUCGCGUGAGAAGCAACUACCAGAAAACCAGUAAAUACAUCAAAGUAUAGUUUGGUGAUGCAUGUUGUUGAUUUUUGUUGGCUUUUUUGCUUGAUUUUCAGCUUGUAAGGAACUCUCAUGAAUGAAAGUUGAAAACUAAAGGGACUUUUGGUGGCUUAAAUUAUGAAUUGAAUCUCUUUUUUUUUUUUUUUUUUUUUUUUUUUCUUGUGUGCGGUCUGCAUGUGGAAGGGAUUUUCUACCGGGGUUUAUUUCUGGUUUUCACCACAACGUCAGAAAAACAAAACUAAAACUAUAUCUUUAAAACUACACUCACCUGACACGAGGAGUACAUUUCUUAUCAAACUGAUUUAUCACCUUAAAGACCAAUUAUGAAACUGAUUAUACUUGGUGAUGGCACAACAUGCAAAAUAAAAAUUUACAGUAUAUGUGAAGAUACACUCAGAGAGACAGGCCCUACAGCUUCCUGUAUCUGUUAAUGUGCUUGCAUUGUAUUCAUUCUUGAGCUGUGUAGGCAGAGUUAUGUAAAGUUAACCUGGUGAUGAGUAAGUAAAUUAUGUAAGCGACAGGAAAAUGACUUGACGAUCAUACAUUGAUGGAGCGUUUAUGAACAGUGUUGGGUAGUAACACAUUUCAGUAACAUGAUUUUUUUUAACAUAACAUGAAAUUUGACGUUCAAUAACUACAUUACAGUUACUAAUCCCAGAAACACUCUAUUACAUCGACAACUUGGGGGUCGACUUGUUAGCCAUCUUAUCAGUUUGAUCUGGACAGACUGGUCGGCUUAGUUCCACGCUGGAGGCAGUUAGCCGCCACCAAAAGAGGAGUGAUGUGACUCUAAAUAACUCCAAAAUAUUAUUUACAUUCUUAGCUGGUUUGCUAACAUUAGCCGCUGAUAAGGCUACAUUCAGGAAUCAGCUGGUGUAGGUCGGAGUUGGGGAAUGUGAGGAAAAAUGCAACUUUACUGUGAAGAUGGGUCUUCAUGCAGUCACUGGGGUUAAUGUUAAGAUAGCUCUUGAUGGUCAGUAAAUACCUCCAAACUGUUGGAUCACUACUUGUUAAACCUGAAUAUCUCCUCUCACUUGUUAAGCCCAGAAGAUGUAAUGUGGUUGUGGAGGCUUUUUAAUUGUUUAACGGCCCAUUUUUACAGAACCCACAGCUGAGUAACGAAAGUAAAGUAAUGAGUAAUGUAACCAAUUGCUUUUUCUGUUGAGUAAUGAGUAAAGUAAUGGUAUUGCUCAAUGAGUAAUGUGUAAUGUUUAAAGUUUUACACCUUCCAAGUAACUUUCCCAACACUGUUUAUGAUGUGGAAGUUUGGAAGAGGUUAUUCAAGUUUAAUGUGUGUGCUUGAUAAAGCAGGGAAAUUAUAGCUUUCUUUAAAACAUUAUUGCUGUGUGUGGUCGCAAGUCAAACAGAGAUAAACAUGUGUUUAGUCAACUGAUAGUGUUGGGACAGGAUGUGAGACCAAUGCUUCUAGUUCCACACACGCUCGAAGGGGGAAGAAAUGUUUGUAUUUGACCUUAAGUGGAAAAACAAAGAAAAGUUUCAGUUUACACAUAUCCUUCAUACAACACCUUGUUGAGUCAUACGUUGAGUGUGUUGUGUUCUGUGUCAAACUGAAUUCACCUCAGGUAUGAAAAUGAAUUUAUCAGGCCAACAUUUAACAUGAACUUUGAUAUGAAUGAUAUUCAUAGCAAAAGGUGUUAGUUGAUCUCUCACUUAGCCUCUGGCUUUUUAAAGCUGCUGUGUUUAUUAGCUUUAUGGGUAACACCUUUAUCCUCCACUUUCUGAAUUUUGCUUAUUGAUUAUGGUGCUAUUCUUUUGCUACAGCUCAAACUCAGAGCCACACUGAGCCCUGACAUGUAACCUCUGACUCCAAAGUUUAUUCUCAGGCAAGAGGAAAGCCAUCUAACCAUCUUUACCAUAGUAAUAGGAGGCACAAAACUUUUGCUCCACCACAUUUACCUUUCUUUUUUACCAAAUUACACCAUUAUCAUCCUUAUUAAUCCAUGGAGUCCAGUGAUUUCAUGUGAUUCCAACAUAGCUCCACUCUGCAUCAACCUGAGCAGAGGUCUAAUCAGCGAGUGUGAAGUGAGAACAUCUGUGUAGGUGUGCAGGGCCUUUUAAGGUCAGAGGGCACAGCUCCUUAAAUAUGAACGUAGGUAUUAUUCUGACAAAGAAUCCUUACUUUACUCUGAAUAUCAGUGCUUUACUAGACCGUCAGAAGUGUUUCAAAAGGAAAACCCAUCAGGUUUUAUUGACUCUUUCUAUACUGUAGCACUGUUGCAGUGAGAGUUGUGGCCUGACUGGGAGUUGCCUACAGCACAUAUGACUUAAAUAUUAACUUGGCAUCCUUUUGGUAGAACAUUUUUCUUGAUUUGGCUGAUUGCAAAUAUGGGAGAAAUUCAACUUGUAUUGAAUCCAGACCUUGAAUAACUACAAAAAACAUAAGGAGCAUUUAGUGUGUGGCAAAUUAAGUGUGACUGAAUCAGUUUAAAUAUUUGACAUAGUGCCUUUUUCCUAUUUUGUGUUUCAAGCAGAGGUCAGUAACAUAAGUAUAUCCAGCCUCACUGAGGAAAUGCAGAUGAUCCACAAUCACUGGCGAGGUCCAAAUUCAAUAUACUGCAAGGAAAGCGUGUCUGUGUGUGUGUGUGUGUGUGUGUAGUGAGGGAGGCAGACAUAUAACAGGACUUUUUUUCCCCCCACUCAAAAAUAGGUCAAUAAGUAUCGUGCAUAUCCCUACAGAGGGACUGUAGGCCUCUCUCCACUUUGUGAAAUAUCUGGCAUACUGUUACAAAGAACAGAGGGGGCUCACUAAAAUAGUUUGGACUGUGAAACUCCUGCCUUGCUGAAAAGAUUUAUACAGAGAGUAAAGCAUUUUAAGGAGACUGAAAUUCACCAGUAUUAUAAAGCUCCACUAAUCAAUUUUUUACCCUGAAUCAAAUGACUACAUAUACCAAAAAACCCAGAGAGAACUAUCGCCACCUCAGUAGUGCUACAGAGCAUUUUAGCCUCUUUUAGCUCAUAGUUUUGGUUUUACAGUUUCACUGUUCAUCACUUUCAUUUCUGGCAGCAACAGGCAUCUGUGUUCAACCAGAAAUCACUACAUAGACUACCUGUCCAGCAACAAACAGCAGACAGACAACAUUAGCAGGAGCAGGUGAAGAGAGCAGCAAACUAAAGUUUAGCUAGCAAACUAAAGUUAUUUUUGUCAAGAUGUUUAGUGUGGACUAAAAACUAAAAGAAGUGUGAAUAUUGGACUUACGUUGAUCUUGUGUACAAGAUACAACUUGCUCCAUAGUUGCUGAAUGAGUAAAUAAACUAUUGUUUACUGGCAUGUGGCCAAAACAACUUUAUUAGGCAAUAAUAUGUCGGGGAUGCCUUUUUUUCCCCCCACCCGCAUUCCACAAAGACCCGCCCUACUCUGCCUCUGAUUGGCUAGUACCCGUUCUCUUUGUUGGUUGGGUUGGUCAGGUUUAGGUAAAGGGAGUGAAACUGGUUGGGUUAGGGUAAUAAUAUCAGGGUCAGAGCCAGUCAGAGGCAGAAUAGUAUUUGCAGAGUGCGCGUGGAGGAAAAAAAUAAUACGUCAGGGAUUUGUGCCUGUUAGCAUAAAUUGGAGUUCUUCUUCUCUCAAGUGGCUAAAAAAUCGAUUAAUGAAACUUGAAGAAAACAACGAUGUUUACAAAAGGGCAAAUAUCACAGGAGGAAAUGUCUCAGAAUUCACAGGACUGGGACACAGUGUCCUCUACAAUUCCCUGUUGAAUGUUCUUUUGUUUUACAAGCGGACAAGAAAAAACAGCAGCCCACAGGGAAUUCAGCCACCCCUGUGGUUGCAUAAGCCCCCAUAAACAUUUUACGAGUCCCUGGAACAAUUCCAAACGUUAAUUGUUCUCUCAGAGGUUAAUGCUGGUGAUUUCAGUGGUGGUUAGCCACCAAAAAUGAACUGUACCACCAGUUGUGUAUCAUACAGUGCUGUGUUUCUGAGUAUUGCUGGAUGUUCCCGCCCUGUCUGGCAGUGGAAGUCAGUAGAGCAAGCAUUGAUGGGAUAUCAGACUCCAUGUUUGUUUGUUGGUUUAUUUGUUUGUAGUGUGAAAGGGUUGUACCGCCAGUUCCACUGAAACUUGAUUUUUUAUGGCUUUCAAUACUGCUGUAAACAGCUUUGAAGCCAACAAGUUCACGUCUGUCACAUUAACUCUAAUAACCCAGCCUAUUUGAUGUGCUCAUUACAUGUUUUCCUGCAAAAUGGCUGAUAACUGCAGCUGCUAGAUCAAUGUGGUGGAGUAGAAAGUUUGCUCUGAAAUGUUGCAACUUCUUUGUUUUUUUUCCCCCCUUGUACUGUGCAUACACUGCAUUUGCGUUACCUAUAACUUCUUACAGGGCCCGAUAUAGUACUUGUUUUUUUUAAGUCUGUAUGGGCAGAAAAUAUCAGCGCUAUAAUCAAACAUAAAGAUGCAGUUUGAACUCUGCAAUGCCUGGUAUGUUAAAGGCUGCAACAGAGUGCACAAACACACAUACACACACCUACAGAACACAGAAAAACACAUGGGCCAUGUGAGUGAGCUUUUCAGGCUUUUGUUGACUUUGGCGCAGAGCCGUCUCCACCCCAGCCCUGCAUCCAUUCCCUCACAUAAACACACACACACAUUCAUACAACCCCGUAUUUUACAGUCCAUUCCUUUCACAAACAUUUCCUUUUUUUCCUCUCCCUAUUAUCCCAAGUGGAUAUGCAUGCAUUCUUUCUUCCUCAAGUUUUAUGAGUCGAGCCAAAACUUUCUGUAUGACAAAUGUGUUUUUCACUGCGUUGGCCGGGAGCCAAGUCUUGUUUUUCUCUAUGAAAAUGAUGGCUGUGUUUAUGAUAAUUGAGUUUAUCUAUAAUAAAGAAAACAUUUUUCUAUUAAACUGCCCUACUGUGAUAAUUUAGAUAGUAACCUUGUCUUGAGUCCUUUGGUUUUCCUGGGCUGCAUUAACACAGUUUAGUAUGGUCAACAUAAGCCAUGUCAAUGUGCAAGUGGCAGCAAGUAGGUGCCAACAAGCAGUUAAAAGAUUAUCGCUUUUUUUAUAUAUGCAAAGGCUUUUCUCAUCUUUUAAUCCUUUGUUAGAAACCAUCUGUCGAAUACACAGUCGCAGUAACCACACACACACAUAGACACACACACAUGUAUGCACUAAUAUGGCUCUGAGUUGUGUUCACUUCCCGAUGUUUGGGGUCGAAACUCGGGCCGUCCAACCACUGAAGAGGGGGGACAACAACUGUCCGCCAUCUUGUCAGUGCUGCCGAGCAUAUGGAGACACACACAGAAGUAGUUCAGUAUGGCUCUGAAUGUACCGGGUCUGGUGGUGAUGGCGGUGUUCUACCUGCUGAUCCUGGGCACGGGCAUCUGGGCAUCCAUGCGCUCCAAGAGGGAGGAGAAGAAGUGCACGGGAGACGGCAUGGAGAUAACGCUACUGGCCGGACGCAACAUCAACUUACUAGUCGGCAUCUUUACUCUUACAGCUACAUGGGUGGGUGGAGGCUUCAUCCUGGGUAUAGCUGAAGCAACAUACAACCCAACAUUAGGCGCAGUGUGGGCUCUCAUGCCUGUGCCUUAUGUCCUGACCUUCUUCUUAGGUGGCUUUUUCUUUGCCAAGCCCAUGAGAGAGAACAACUAUGUGACAAUGAUGGACCCUUUCCAACAGAAGUAUGGGAACUUCCUGAGCAGUGCGCUGAUCUUUCCUGCACUGGUGGCCGAUGUGCUGUGGGUGGCACGCACACUCGUCAGCCUGGGCGGAACUAUGAGUGUGAUCCUGGACCUGUCCUACAUCUACUCCAUCAUCAUCUCCUCAGUGGUGGCCAUAAUCUACACACUGCUGGGGGGGCUCUAUUCAGUGGCUUACACGGAUGUCAUCCAGCUCAUCCUCAUCUUUGUCAGCCUGUGGGUGUGUGUUCCUUUCCUGUUGACCAACCCUCACUCUCUGGACAUCUCACUGACGGCCUACAACGAGACCUUCCAGGCUCCCUGGGUAGGCACGGUGAAGCUUGAUGAGGCCGGCAAGUGGUUCGAUGACUUCAUGCUGUUGGCUCUGGGCGGAUUGGCCUACCAGGCAUUCUACCAAAGAAUCCUGUCUGCCUCGUCUUACACCCAGGCUCAGGUGACCUGCUUUGCUUCUUCAGCCUUCUGCCUGGUGCUGGGUAUCCCCUCUGUGCUAGUUGGAGCUGUGGCUGCAUCUACAGACUGGAACUCAACCCUCUAUGGAUUGCCCACCCCAUAUGAUCGUGACCAGGCAGGCUCCAUCCUCCCCAUUGCCCUGCAAUUUCUCACACCCCCCUACAUCUCCGUCAUUGGUAUUGGAGCUGUAGCUGCUGCUGUCAUGUCCUCCAUGGAUUCAGCCCUGCUGUCCUCUGCCUCAUUGUUCUCCUCAAAUAUCUACAAGAACAUCAUCAGGAAGCAGGCGUCAGACCGUGAGAUGCAGUGGGUGAUCCGUAUCUCAGUGGUGGUGGUGGGUCUGGCUGGCACUGCCCUCACCUUCCUGGACAGCAGUGUCCUGGUCUUCUGGCUGGUGGGUGUGGACAUGUCCUACACCAUCAUGUUCCCUCAGUUGGUCUGCAUCCUCUUCUUCAAGGUAUCCAACGGCUACGGAGCCACUGUGGGCUACUUGAUGGGAAUCAUCAUGAGGGUCCUGAGUGGCGAGCCCCUCAUCGGCCUCCCGCCCGCCAUCCGCUUCCCCGGCUGCCGGUUGGACGCAGAGGGAAAGCUGACCCAGUUCUUCCCCUUCCGCACUGCAAUCAUGAUCAUCUCACUCGUCUCCAUUCUGCUCUUCUCCUGGCUUGCAUCCAUCAUUUUCAACAAGGGCCUGCUGUCUGAGAGGUGGGAUGUGUACAAGAUCAAACGCAAGCAGAAACCAACAGCCAAAGCCACAGAGGACAAGAGGACCAACUCUGAUAACGAAGAACCCUCCGUGUCCAAGCAGCUACUGGACACCACUACUAGCUGCUGAGGAGGCUCACGAAGAAGGAGAGAAGAUGGGCUCUGGCUGGAGGCGGACAUGUUCGCCUGCCAAGCAGGAGUUCACAGAGGGGGAACAACAGCAAAGGCUGGACAUUGAGUACAGAUUCUGUACAGUAUCACAGUGAAUUUGUGGCAAUAAUAUAAAACCUUUAUUAACAAAGUGUGAUCUGAGCUCUCUGGCACACUACUUCAUCAUUGUCUUCUAUAGAGAAUACAGUAAAAACAGGCUACUUGGCUAGUUUAUGUUAACAAACAAACCAUUAGUCAGCAUAGCAUACAGUGAAGAUACUUACAUACAUAUAGGCCCAACUUAUACAACAAUCUAACUGAGAACGAAUAGGAGAUUGUGUUGCUUUAUACUGUAUAUCUUCAUACAUCACUGAAAUGGAGGCAAUCCACAGAGAGAACCCAGAGGCAAGUUCAACACUCGAGCCAUUUAAAUUCACUUCCAUUUAGAAAAAACAACAGGACUAGUCAAAUAAGUGAUGAAGUUUAACAAAGUUAAAUUUUAAGUAAUACAACAAAUAAACAGACUUGUACAUUUGUAUAGAUUGAGAUACUACCCAAAUACAGAGGACGGAUGCGUCUGCUCCUUGUUGUUCCUAAAGACCAACAACACUUUAAAGCAAAAACACAUUUGCACAAGAAAUGGACUUCAUCCCAAAGGAACAAUCAGUCCAACAGAGUGAUGAUAAAAUAGUUUACAAUUCACUUUUAACAAAAUGUGUAAUUAUUUAUAAGCUUUUGCUGUUCAUAAAAGAGAGCAUCAGACUGUGUCACUCUCAGAAACAGGAAUGCAACAAGCCAUCUGACUCAUCCUUUACUAGAUAAUUAUUAAUCAGCUCGGCCCAGGUGUUGCUGGCAGGAAACGUGUCUCACAACACUGUACUGUACUGCUGCAAGUGUGUCUAGCUUCUCUUUCAGUUUGAACCUCUGCAAACAAUUUGCAACCAUGUGCAGCAUGGCCGGGCUCUCUUUCACACCAGAAUAAAAAAUGCCACCCAAAGAACAAAAAACAAGCGCACGUUCUGCACUGUUCCACGGCGCAUUUGUUAAAGACAUUUUAUCAACAAUCUGUUUGAAUGUGAUCUGAUCUCUUCCUUUCUCAGAUGAUCGGCUGCCUCCAGCUCUUCUAUGUAGCGUGUCUUGCUAGAUGAUAAUAUAGUUUUUAACUUGUGAAAUAUCACACUUAUACAAAGAAUCAUUGCUUACACACCAAUCAUGAUUUUAUUUUAAAAUGACAGAUAGUAGUUCUUUCUGAUCACCAAAUUGCUUAAUUGUGUAUCAUCCUAAAUGUAUGUUUUGCAAAAGUCCACACUCCUAAAACAAAAGGAUCUCAAUUUUGUAAAAAUGAAUAUGUAUGAAACGAGAAGAUAAUCAGAGUUAAGUGAACAUAUCUAAGAUGUGAAGGUUUACAGUUACAUGUAACUGUAAACCUUCACCACUCAAAUACUGCUCAACAGACACCAGCAAGUUUAAGACUUUUUUUCUUGUUACAACACUGUGACAAAGUGUGAAACCCACCCAGGUACGGAUGAGUGUCCCACCCUGUCUGACUGCUCCAAGUUGGGUUGCAGUGCGAUUGUUGGUGGCUUUGCUGUCCAAGCAAUACUAAAAAUCACAAAUGGCAACCAACGACACUUGGACAAAAGUGAAACAAACACUAUGUCAGGCUUUUUAAUCGCUCAAUAAUUUUUGAUCUAAUGUCUAUUUAAUUUUACCCGUUUUUGUGAACAGCGGCAGGGAGAGGCAAGGCUGCAGAACUCGAUCUCCCAGCAUGCCACAGUUACUGUAGGCCCAUUCCCCUCCGUUGCAAUUUUUACUAAGAUGAUAUAACUGAAUGUAGCGGUUUUCUACAACUGCAUGGAGAGAAAGAACGCCAGACAUCUCCCUCGUUUUCCUCCUCCUCACCCAUUCCUCCUCCUUUUCACUCUGUCUCUUCUCAGCCUGGAAAGGCUCGAGAGAGAGAGAGGUGUUUUUCAGCAUGUCUGUACUGUAUAGUUUUUUUUUUUUUCUGUAAUAUACUAUAUGCAAAGUUGUAGUUUACAGUGGGAUCAUUUUUUUUUCUCUGGGGUGGUAGAAAGGUUUGCAGCUAAGAGAAUUAUCUGAGAAUUAUCACGAAAGAUUCACAACAGUACAAAUUUUACUCCUCUUUAUUAAUCAGAUUUUACACAGAUAACUGACUGUUCAAUGACCCUUGUGUUUUUUUUAAUUUAUCUUGUGUUGUACUGAGCCUGCAAUUUGUUAUGCAAAGAGAUUCUCACUAAUGAGUGACAGUCAGAAAGCCUUCCUCUAUCAUACUGUAGCCUUAAAUAUCACUGGAAACUGGUUUCACCCCGCUGUUGGCGGUUAUUUGCUGGACAUCAUAAAAUGGAUGUAUACUCUAGUCACUGUUCAAAUACCUCAUGGAGUUGUAAUGUUGGCUUUAAGUAUACAAAACUUUGACCUAUGAUUCUGACUUUUAUCCAAAACAUAUUGUAUGAAUGUCAUUUUCCAAAGACUGAUCGCACAGAACAAACUGUCUCAAAACAGUACCCAUGCAGGACACGAUGCAUGCAUCUUUUUUAUGUGCGAUUGUGAUUUCUACCAAUAUUAUACUCUUGUACUGUACAGCCUAAUCAUGAUUUGUAUAUUUACACUUUUUAUUUUUUAUCUAAGUCGAUUUCUAUGCGUUGUGAGUUUCAGAGGGGAAAUUUUAUCUCAAGUUGGCAACGUUUAAAGUCAAAUAAAUACCUUCAGUUUUGCAGAUGUAAAUGUAGAACAUCACCUUCAUGUUCAGAUCACUGGAUGACAACUCGCAUGUUUGUUCAGUGAUUCUGAACAGAUGUGCCUCCUGCACACGUCACAGGAAAAAAAUGUUACAUGCUAUUAUGUGAAAGUAAAAUCAGAGUGAACACUUUUGUCCAAAAAAUUACAUACUGUCUCCAGACAUGAUAUGUUGGAACACUCAGUCCUCAGCAAGCCGUCCACACUAUAGCAAAGGAUGGCAACGCCUUCAUAAUGGACUGUAUGUACAUGUAUUGUCAUCCGUGCGUUUCACUUUUAUCACUUUUGAGCAGAUUUGUUUUAUUUUCCAUGCUAAGUUAGUCAGAUGUCAUCUAUAAAAGUACUGGACAGUUGUUAGUUUUAUAAUAUAAAUAGGUAGUGAAUUAUAUAUUUUAUUUCCCCCUAAUAUGUAUUUGGUUUUAUACUAUUAUGCAUGUUGAUUGUCAUUAACUGCGUUUGUAUACUGAACUUUCGUGAAGGCUGUUCUUUCUUGCCACUUGGCAAGGUCCUACUUUGUAAUCGAUUAAUGUAAAUCCCCAUGGGGUGAUGUUCUGUCGGAAUAAAUGCUGAAACCAAA